CAUCAUUACUACUCAGCUUUGGAGCAACAGCGUUUAGGGCUUUUGCUGACUUCCAGUGACGAGUAGCGGCGCCGACUCCAGCAGGUGUGCAUUUCGGUAUUGGGCCAAAUUGACAACAAAGAUGACAACAAAAACUAAUCGCGAGUGUGCCAGCGGAGGUGAAGGGAAAUGCGAAGCCACAGCAGCAGCUGCUGAGCAACUUGAGCAGCUGAGCGACUGAGCGGCCGUGGAAUUGUGGCAGUUAUUAAAUCGUCGUGCUGUUAAUAACAACGCAGCGCGCGUGUUGCUGUAUUGAAAGAAAAAUUUAUAUAGAAGAGCUAAAUUUAUUACAAAACAAAGUUUAUCGCAUCCAAAUACAAAACAACAACAACAUGAGCGCAGUCGAUGCGGUGUUAAGCUUCAAGCGAAGUCCCGAUGAGGACUUUUACGCCAUACUCAACUGUGACGAAAAUUCUUCGGAGGCUAAAGAGACGCUCUGCGACCCGGAAAAGCGCGCCAACUAUGACAAAUGGCGCAACAGUGGCAUCGCAAUGAGCUACAAGAACUGGUUGGGUAUGAAGGAGCACGUCGGACAGUCAAUGCAUUGGGCCACACCAAAGACCAAAGAUCGCAUGCUGCCUGAAAUGGGAGGCGCAACUGGUGCUGGUGGCAGUGGUGGUCUGUCGGCGGCCUCACCUAAUCCAGCUCAUCGACGUGCCUCCGAGGGUGGUGCUGCACUCUAUUAUGGCAAUCGAAAAACUGAAUGGGGCACAGAGAAUUCCGAUGUGGCCAAUAAGUUCCGCAACUAUGAAAUUUAAGCAGAUAGUUGGAGUGUUAGCAGUAACGUCAACAACAACAACAACAACAACAACAACAACAACAACAAAUAAUGAAAGCUAACAUGAAAAAGUAGAAGCGAAAUAUAAAAGAAAACACAGCAACAACUGCAACAAUAAUCGCAAUGGUAGAAAUUAUAAGUACGAAAAAAUUUUAAAUUGUUGAUAUCAAAAGCACACCGGAAUACCAAAAGACAUCAAAUAUGAAAAUGCUUACCUACUAUAUAUACAAACUGCAAACACAGAUAUACUUACUAACUAAAACAAAUGCAAACAUAUACACAUAUACAACGUGAACACUUUUAGUAGUAGGUUUUGAGCACACUUUGCAGUUUUCCAACUGCAUUUAGUCAAGCAAGCACACGUACAUACGUGUGCAUUCAUGCGUGCUAGCUUGGUUUAUGUUGAAAUGGGAGAUAGAGAGAUAGAGAGAGAGAGAGCGAUUUUGGUGGGUGUGACCUUGAAUUGACGCCUAAGAUUUAGAUGAAUUUUAUCAUAUCCAGAAAAGAAAAUUUCAUAACUUAUCUAAAUGUAUACACUGAAUGUUUUGAGCAAAUUCAAACUACAUACAAACGUACAUGUUGUUACUUAUUAAAUAUAAAGUCUAUUAUAAACGUUAUUAUAUAAAAAAUACAAAAGAGUAUAUGAUUUAAAGCGAGUUAAGCAAAAUAACAAAAAACGAAACUAAGAAACUGUAAUUUCAAUAAACGCCUAAAAUGAAGUAGAAAAAGGAGCAAAUGAUAAGUACGAAAAACAAAUAAAAAACUAAAUUAGAUAAAUGAAGAGAAAAUCUAUUUAUGUUAAGUGUAAACCAAAUAAUAUAAAAUACAUACAUAUAUAUUUUAAGAAAUACUUGAAUACAAAAUAUACAUACAUAUAUCGCAAAGUAAUUGUAUUAAAUUUCUAGUAUUUAAGGCGAAAAUUUAAUUGAAGUGUGUUGAAAAGAAAAUCUAAGAUAUGCAUACACAUAUUAAUAUAUAAAAAUAAUUAUUUAAUGUUAAGCUAAGAGAAUUAUAUUUGAAGAAAAACUAUCUAUUGAUGUUACAUGUGUGCCCCUUAUGACAAUCCCUGUUUUUGAAAACUUUACUAAACCAGCAAUGCGAUAAUAACUAAAAAAAAAAAAGAAAAUUUCUUAGCAAGCGUGUAUCAAAAAAGUAGCUGCUUGUCCAGAAGUCCUACACAGCACACAACAGACAAAAGCUAUUAAACUGAUAAUUAAAAAAUUCUAUAAACCAAAAUCAAAUCUGAAGCGAAUUUAAAAGAGAAAUAAACAAAAAUAUACACGAAAAAGUUAAAAGAUAUCAAACAAAAAUUUUAAUACAAUUUUAAAUAUGCGCAAAUUACGAUAAAAAGGUAGAGAAAUCAAAAAAUAAUAAUAAUAUUUAAAUAAAUUGCUAAAAAGUACGGUUUUUGAUGUACCCCAGAAUAAGAAAGCAAAGUAUAAGAAUAUUCAGAAAACCAAAUUUCCAAUAAAUACGAGUAAUCCUAACAAAACAGAGCAAUUAUCAAACUAAGCAUAAAGUUUUCCUAGGAACCCCGACUUUGGCGAAUUAUUAACUUGAAAAAAACCACACAGAAAGAAAUAAUAAAUAUUUUGAAUUCAACGCGCCAAACUCUAUAAAUUUUCGUAGGUUUGUGCAUUUUAGCAUUUAAAAACUGCACAUCAUAGUGUCUACUUAUGAAUAUCCACACAAAAUGAACCACCUAUCGAAGAAAAUAAAGAAUUUGUAUAUUUUGUUGUUUUUUAAAUGUAUACACUUCAAAAAAGAAAAAAUUUAACAAAAAAUACAAAUAUCAAUACUUAAAGAAAUUAAAAAAAAAAACAAAGCAAAAAAAAAUCAUAAACUCACAAAUAAAAAAAAAAUAAGUAAAUAUAAAUGUUUGAGAAAUUAUUGUUGCUUUCAUUUGUGCUUUUCUCUUUUAACAUUAUAGCCAGUAAUACACGCAAAAGGUGCAGCAUCGCAGUAAAAAAUAUUGAAAUUAAAUUUAGAAAUACAUGUUUGACAAGAAGGUUUGCAACUUUGUUUGUUUUUUUUUUUUUACAAUUUAGUCGAUCUUUGCAGAAGUUUACACCAGAGUUAAAAUAAAAAAAAAUGGCAAUUUUGUUGGUAAUGAACCAUAGAUAUACACGUCUA